AUUUCUCUUUCCGCUAAUCCUGCCUCAAAUGCCCACCCUGCCCCAACUUGCCUUGCUUCACCUUUACUGCUCCCAUCCUCCUUUUCUUCUUCUUCUCUCUCUCUCUCUCUCUCUCUCUCUCUCUCUCUCUUCGCUAUCUCCAUCUCCGGUUUUGCUCCACCGCGAAGAAAACUUGGUCUUCCUGUUUUGUUGGCUUCUCAUCUCUUUCAUCAGAGAAACGAAAAAAGCUCACCAAACUAUCCCUUCCCAAUAAAAAAAAAAGGCAAAUUGGAAAGAAAAAAUGUCAUCCAAAGAUGGUCUAAAUGCCAAAUUAAACCAUAAGACCUUUCUUGAUUUGAAGCUAUGGGCGGUGAUUGGCAUCAGCUGUGUUGCUUUGUUAAUCUUUGUUCUCAUUGUCCUAUCCAUAUUUUUAUACCGGAGGAAAUCAAAGAUAAACCUUGACAAGAUUCCACAGACUCAAAUCCCAGACAUAUCUAAAGAAAUAACAGUUGAUAGAAUUGCUGGAACCACUUUAGCACAGAGUUUCAAUGAGCAUGAAGCACCUGCACUUGCCUACCAUGACAAGUUUAGUGACAAGGAUUCUAGAAAAAUGUUGGGUCCUUUAACAAGCAAGUCGAGCGAUGUGGAUAACUUGAGCCAGUGCAGUUCAGUGUACCACGAGAAGGCUGGAAGCUCGUAUUCUGGGGAUGAGGUUAGCUCUGGAACGACAAGGAGGACACACUCGGUGUAUGCUGGAGUUGUAUCGGCUUCGCCUUUAGUUGGACUUCCUGGAUUCUCACAUGUGGGUUGGGGACAUUGGUUCACUUUGAGGGAUCUUGAGUAUGCCACGAAUGGCUUCUCCAAGGAGAAUGUUAUUGGGGAGGGGGGGUAUGGAGUUGUGUACCGUGGGCAUUUGACAAAUGGAAGUGAGGUGGCUGUGAAGAAAAUUCUUAACAAUAUGGGGCAAGCAGAGAAGGAGUUUAGAGUAGAAGUGGAGGCUAUUGGCAAUGUUCGGCAUAAGAAUCUUGUGCGACUUUUGGGUUAUUGCGUGGAAGGGAUUCACAGGAUGCUUGUCUAUGAAUAUGUGAACAAUGGUAACUUGGAGCAAUGGCUUCAUGGUGCCAGACGCCAACAUGGAGUUCUCAGCUGGGAGUCACGCAUGAAAGUUAUAUUAGGCACAUCAAAGGCACUUGCUUAUUUACAUGAGGGCAUAGAACCGAAGGUUGUUCAUAGAGAUAUAAAAUCAGGUAAUAUUCUGAUAGAUGAGGAGUUUAAUGGCAAGGUUUCUGAUUUUGGAUUGGCCAAGCUUUUGGGUUCUGGCAAAAGCCACAUCACAACAAGGGUGAUGGGAACAUUCGGAUAUGUGGCUCCUGAAUAUGCUAAUACCGGACUGCUAAAUGAGAAGAGUGAUGUUUAUAGUUUUGGCGUGCUACUUUUGGAAGCUGUGACUGGAAGAGACCCCGUGGAUUACAGCCGACCUGCAAAUGAGGUAAAUCUUGUGGAGUGGAUCAAAUUCAUGGUCGGCAGCAGGAGAUCUGAUGAACUUAUUGAUCCGAACCUGGAAGCCAAGCCUUCAUCUAAAGCUCUCAAAAUGGCCCUCCUAGCUGCUUUAAAAUGCGUCGAUCCAGACUCCCAGAAGAGACCUCGGAUGAGUCAAGUUGUAAGACUGCUCGAAGCAGAAGAUUAUCCGUUCCGUGAGGAACGACGAAACCGACGAAGCCACGCUGCAGUUUCCGUGAAGGAUUCUUCGAGUUCUGUUGAUCUUGAUAAGAAGUCUGAAGCAUCAGAGACAGAGCUGAGGGAUGAAUUUGGGGGACUAUAGGACAUCCUUUCUGUGCUAACAACAAUCCAUGAAAUUGUAGGUGUGAUUAUUCUUUGUAGUGGUUUGGCUCUUAAGCUGAUUUUGUUGCCAUCACCAACAUGAGGGUUUGGGUUUUAGAAUGAAUGUAUAAGAUUAAUUAUAGUGAAUUUCAGCUUUUGUUGUACAGUUUAUUUUAGAUUUGAAGUUAUUGGGAUUUUCUCAUUUAUUCGUAAUU